AUGCUUCGAGCAGUUAGUUCAUCAUCAGUCAGCGCAGCUCGCUGUGCGUCAACAGCAGCGAAAUCUCGUAAUCUUCCAAAUAUUGUGCUCGUCGAUGCGGUCAGAACUCCUUUCGUUGUUUCCGGAACAGUUUUCAAAGAUCUUAUGGCUGUUGAUUUGCAAAAAGAGGCAAUCAAAGCAUUGGUUGAACGCACAAAAUUGCCAUACGAGCAAUUGGAUCAUAUUAUCUGUGGAACUGUUAUUCAAGAAUGCAAAACCAGUAAUAUUGCAAGAGAAGCUGCUUUGAUGGCUGGAGUUCCGGAUAAAAUCCCAGCUCAUACUGUCACUUUGGCUUGUAUUUCAUCAAAUGUUGCCUUGACAACUGGAAUGGGAAUGUUGGCAACUGGAAAUGCAAAUGCUAUGAUUGCUGGAGGAGUUGAAUUAUUAUCCGAUGUUCCAAUCAGAUAUAACAGAAAGGUUUUCUAUUGGAGAAGAUUCCUCAAGUGAAAUAAAAUAAAAUAAAUUUCAGGCUCGUAAAGCUAUGCUCGGGAUGAACAAGGCGAAAGAUGUUCCAUCAAAACUUAAAAUCGGAGGAGAAAUCGUCAAAAAUUUGUUGUCACCCGAACUUCCAGCCGUUGCUGAAUUCUCAACUGGUGAAACUAUGGGACACAGUGGUGAUCGUCUUGCAGCCGCUUUCAAUGUUUCUCGACGGGAACAAGACGAAUUUGCGAUCCGUUCCCAUACCCUUGCUGAUAAAGCAGCGAAAGCCGGAAAAUUCACUGAUGUCAUCCCAGUUUUCUUAGACGGAAAGAAACCAAAAACAAUCAGCGAAGAUAAUGGAAUUCGUGUCUCAACUAUCGAGAAACUUUCAAGUUUAAAGCCUGCUUUCGUUAAACCACAUGGAACUGUUACUGCUGCAAAUGCUUCUUAUUUGACUGAUGGAGCAUCAGCUGCUCUUAUUAUGACUGAAGAAUAUGCAUUGGCUAAUGGAUACAAACCAAAAGCUUAUUUGAGAGAUUAUUUGUAUGUUGCUCAGGUUAGAUAUUAAUUUUUUUCAAAAAAUCUUCCAAAAAUACUGUUUUUCAGGAUCCAAAAGAUCAACUUUUGCUCUCACCAGCCUACGUAAUUCCGAAACUUUUGGACAAAGCCGGACUUAAAUUGCAAGAUAUUGAUGUUUUCGAAAUCCACGAGGCUUUCGCUGGACAAGUUUUGGCAAAUCUCAACGCAAUGGACAGUGAAUAUUUCUGCACAGAACAAAUGAAACGCUCUGGAAAAUUCGGACGUGUUCCCAUGGAAAAAUUGAAUCUUUGGGGAGGAUCUCUUUCAAUCGGACAUCCAUUUGGUGCAACUGGAGUUCGUCUCGCAACACAUUCAGCGCAUAGACUGAAAGAAGAAAAAGGACAAUAUGCUGUGAUUGCUGCAUGCGCUGCUGGAGGUCAUGGAGUUGGAAUGUUGAUUGAAGCUUAUGGAAAAUAA